GGAGAACGUAUGUAGGCGCCGGGCGGGGACUGCGGUCGUAGGCCGGGCUGUGGUCGAGCCAGGGCGAGAGAGCGGAGCGAGAGGCGAGGACGGGCGAAGAACUGCGAAGAAGCGUGGACAGAAAAGGGAGUCUGAUCUCUGCCGAGGCGCGACUGAUUCGAGCGAAUCUCCGAUAUCCAAUCGAUGACGAAAACCCUUAAAUACUGUCGCCGCCGUCUGCCCACUCCCCACAACUUACAGUCCAAUCCCCCACUCACUACCAGACAAACAUGCCGGCCAAUGUAGGAAUCAACGGUUUAGGUCGUAUCGGCCGUAUCGUCCUUCGUAAUGCUCUCCUCAACAAAGAUAUUAAUGUCGUCGCCAUUAACGACCCGUUCAUCGACAAAGAUUACAUGGUUUACAUGUUCAAGUACGACUCCGUCCACGGCCGCUUCAACGGCUCUGUCGAGGUCAAGGACGGCAAGCUCGUCGUUGACGGCAAGGCUAUCAGCGUCUUCGCUGAGAAGGACCCCUCCAGCAUCCCCUGGGGUUCUGUUAACGCGGAGUAUAUUGUCGAGUCGACUGGUGUGUUCACCACAACCGAGAAGGCCUCUGCCCACUUGAAGGGUGGUGCCAAGAAGGUCAUCAUCUCUGCCCCUUCCGCUGAUGCCCCCAUGUUCGUCUGCGGUGUCAACCUCGACGCGUACGACUCCAAGUACACCGUCAUCUCCAACGCGUCCUGCACCACCAAUUGCUUGGCGCCCCUUGCUAAGGUCAUCAACGACAACUUCGGCAUUGUCGAGGGUCUCAUGACCACUGUUCACGCUACCACCGCCACCCAGAAGACCGUCGAUGGCCCCUCCAACAAGGAUUGGCGUGGUGGCCGUUCCGUCGGCAACAACAUCAUUCCGUCCUCUACCGGUGCUGCCAAGGCCGUCGGCAAGGUUAUUCCCUCUCUCAACGGCAAGCUGACUGGUCUUGCUUUCCGUGUUCCCACCGUCGACGUCUCUGUCGUUGACCUUGUCGUCCGUCUUGAAAAGUCCGCUUCUUACGACGAGAUCAAGCAGGUCAUCAAGACGGCAUCUGAGACAACACACAAGGGCAUCAUCUCCUACACUACGGACAAGGUUGUCUCCACCGACCUCCUCGGCAACGAAAAUUCGGCGAUCUUCGAUGCCGACGCCGGCAUCGCCCUCAACAGCAACUUCGUCAAGCUCAUCGCCUGGUACGACAACGAGUGGGGCUACUCCCAGCGUGUCUGCGACCUCGUCGCCUACGUCGCCAAGGUCGACGGCCGCGCCUAAGCAUCGGGCCACGACGUUCCUUCUGUGGUUCUCGGGCGGACAUAGAAACUGAAAAGAGAGAUGUACAGUGUAUUUGUGGUUGUACCCCUUAAUGCCCGAUGUAAUCAAACUAAAAAUAGAUGCAUGAAGGAUUGUACUAGUAUACUUGUUGUACCAGUGAAUGCUGUGUCUUGAGGACUGGCUCUAGAGUCUACAGUGCCCUAUCAGCGCUUCCUCGGGCCGCAUCAUGCGGAACCUGAGCGUCGGGCGACGAAGAGGCACAGCAAGAAUGGCAUAA